ACGUUCUGUGCUGUCAGCUGACUGGAUCACGUGACGGUUUGUGUGCUAGGAUGGCCGUGGUCUACUAAGCUAUAUACUUGCCUGUCCGUGAAUACCGAACCACAUCAUCACCGUCAUCACAAAAUCAUCCCGGGAAGCAAGUACUUACUGUGAAAAACGCUGAAUAAUCUGUAACCAUGACUGAGUUCUGGCUGAUCUCGGCUCCUGGGGACAAGACGUGCCAGCAAACCUGGGAAAAACUUCUAGCAGCUACCACAAAGAAUAACAAUCUGUCUACCAACUCCAAGUUUAAUAUCCCUGACUUAAAGGUUGGCACUCUGGAUGUGCUGGUCGGGCUGUCUGAUGAACUGGCUAAACUGGACUUGUUUGUGGAAGGAACCGUUAAGAAGGUAGCGCAGUACAUGGCUGAUGUUUUGGAGGACAGCAGAGAUAAAGUUCAGGAAAAUCUUCUCGCCAGUGGAGUGGAUUUGGUCACCUACAUAACCAGGUUCCAGUGGGAUAUGGCAAAGUAUCCAAUUAAGCAGUCAUUAAAAAACAUUGCUGAAAUCAUUGCUAAGGGUGUAACCCAGAUUGAUAAUGAUCUUAAAGCAAGGGCCUCUGCUUAUAAUAAUCUAAAAGGAAAUCUUCAGAACUUGGAAAGAAAAAAUGCCGGAAGUUUGAUAACCAGAAGUCUGGCUGAAAUUGUAAAAAAAGAUGACUUCGUUCUUGAUUCAGAGUACCUGGUCACGCUUUUGGUAGUCGUCCCUAAGAAUAACUACAAUGAAUGGGUAAAGCAAUAUGAGACUCUCUCUGAGAUGGUUGUCCCUCGAUCCAGCAAUGUUCUUUCAGAAGACCAGGACAGUUAUCUUUGUAACGUCACUUUAUUUAGGAAAGCGGUUGAUGACUUCCGUCACAAAGCCAGAGAAAAUAAAUUUGUUGUUCGUGAUUUCCAGUAUAAUGAGGAGGAAAUGAAAGCCGACAAAGAAGAAAUGACCAGGCUAUCUACAGAUAAGAAAAAACAGUUUGGUCCUCUUGUACGAUGGCUCAAAGUAAACUUCAGUGAAGCUUUUAUUGCUUGGAUUCAUGUGAAAGCUCUGAGAGUUUUUGUUGAGUCUGUUUUAAGGUACGGCUUACCAGUAAACUUCCAAGCCAUGCUGCUUCAACCCAGUAAGAAGACAAUGAAAAAACUGAGGGAAGUAUUGUACGAUUUAUACAAGCAUCUGGACAGUAGUGCUGCCUCUAUUAUUGAUGCUCCAAUGGAUAUUCCUGGAUUAAACCUCAGCCAGCAAGAGUACUACCCAUAUGUAUACUACAAGAUUGACUGUAAUUUGCUUGAAUUUAAGUAAAAGAAAGUUGCACUGUUGUCUGAACAGAAAUGAGUUUGAAGUACAGCGACAAACUUAAACCCCUUGUGCUUGCUUCUCAUACCCUUUGAGAUGACUUACCUGAUGAUAGUUGUCCUUUUUUAAUAAUGUGAUAUAAAUAUUGUUGCUUUUAAUUAAUGAAAAUUUGAAAUGUCCACAGAGAAGAGUCUAUUUAUAAACCGAUUUAUUUAACCCCUGACGUGCAGGAGGCAUCAGAGUGACUGCAUGAAGGGUUAAAGAUAACUUUAUUUCCAAUUCAUAUGGUGAUAAGCAUCGAUUCCAUUGGUUAUCACAGCUCAUAUAGUUUACAAGAACAUAUGGUGUAACUGUUUUAUACCAUUCCAUUCACUGUAUUUUGUUUAUAAAGUGUUUAAAAAUGUGAGUUGUGAUGUAAAGUAUGUGUAAUAAUAUUUAAUGUAUGUGAGCACUGUCAGAGAACACAGGAGGCAUUAAAUAUACCUGUGCAAAUGUAA